GAAAGACGAGGCGAGGCGAGGCGAGGGGAGGGGACGGGGGCAGAGGCGGAGGAGGAAGGCAAAUCUCUGAUAGAAAGAGCUGACGAGCUCGAGGACAGGAAGCUUGAGCGCGACAAUAGCUUCCUCCGCUGCCGCAGGGACGGUCGCUGUUGAUAGGCGAGGAGAUGGGAGCGGCCAGCAUUGCAUUGCAACUCGAUCGUCGGCACCCGGAGCUUUGGUGAUGCAGCUGGAGAAGUGCGCGAUUUCAAAUUCGGAUGUGUCAGCGGUCCUCAGGAAGGAGGAAGGACAGGCAGAAGAGGAGGAGGGAAGGAGGGAGUUUUGAUCGAGGCAGAGAACUCGAUCGAGCAAGACGAUAACGAGGUAGAGGCAGGGUAGAGUGAGAGCAGCAGGCGGGAGGAGCUAUGGGGUACGGUGACGAUGAGAAGAGUGAGGAUUAUCUGUUCAAGGUGGUGCUGAUUGGAGACUCGGCGGUGGGCAAGAGUAAUUUGUUGUCUAGGUAUGCCAGGAAUGAGUUUCACUUGAAUUCGAAAGCGACGAUUGGAGUCGAGUUCCAGACUCAGAGUAUGGAGAUCGACAAUAAGGAGAUCAAAGCUCAGAUUUGGGAUACGGCUGGCCAGGAGCGUUUCCGGGCCGUCACCUCUGCCUACUACCGCGGGGCAGUUGGCGCUCUCGUCGUUUAUGAUAUCAGUCGCCGAUCUACCUUCGAGAAUGUUAGCAAAUGGCUCGAUGAGCUGAGGAUGCAUUCGGAUGCCAGUGUUGUCACCAUGCUGGUCGGAAACAAAUGCGAUCUUCAUAAUGCGCGAGACAUCCCGACGGAAGAAGGCACUGCUUUGGCGGAAAGAGAGAGCUUAUUUUUUAUUGAGACCUCAGCCUUAGAUGCCACCAACGUGAACAAAGCCUUCCAAACUGUCGUCAAGGAAAUUUACAGGAUUGUGAGUAAGAAAGUUAUCUCCGCAGAUUCGAUACAGAAGGAAGUUGACAUGGGUGGCAGCAUCAGAUUGACAUCAGAGGUCGAGCAGCACGAUGAAGGUCAAACAAAGAGAUUUGGCUGCUGUUAAGGUUUAGCCUCUCUUUUGAAACAUUGUGUUUGCUUCCCACUACCAUUCUAAUUCAAUUAUGUCGACUCAGGAAGAAUUGCCUACUCUAGACACUCAUCGGUUCUCAACAGGGCUUGGAAGUCCCCAUUUUGUGAGUAUGUCAGAAGUGUGUAACCUAGUCCGUUUGAUAUAAAUCAAGGAUUCUCGCUCGUGAACCAGCAGCAUUGGACACUUGCAGUAGAAGAGAAUAUUGCACACGACACUGUGUGUGGCGGCGUUAAGAUCUCCGUUGAACAGGGAAGGUUGCACCCUUAGAUCGUGCGAGUCGAUACUGUUCCUUUGUCGUAUCUUUAGUUUCGACGUGUAAUUUUUUCAGCUAUGUAGCCCUCGUCUUUCUUUGGACUGAACGAGCUCAUGACCUAUGUGGUUGUAAAGACGAGCCGCAUGAUAGCGAAGAGUCAGCUAUUCCCCGUCACCCGAGUGAUGGAGAAUAGAGAAGUUGUCUCACAGUUCUGUGAAUACAUGAUCUAUACAUGUCAUUAACAUGUUUGGUGUGUAUCCACAUAUUUCUCUACUGAGUCUUCUUGCACACAUGUUCAUGCAAAGCUACCAUUAACGCGUUCGCCGAUAGAUCAUUAAUUCUUCGUCCUAAUUUUUGGGCA